AUGAGCCGAAGACGUUUGAAAACCCUCCUCUUGCACUCAAUCUCCACCAUGUCAUCGUCCCCUCUUAAAUCCAACCCCCUUUUCACCACAAGUCAAUCACAAGCCUUCCCUUCUCCAUCCAAAUUCUUUCACCAAAAUCUCAAACUUUGCCUGGCCAGAUUCCUUUGCACUUCUUCGCCGGACAAUCUUGAUGGUCUGGUCGAUCCUCACGACUUGUCAAUGCCUGGGAGUUCUGGAGUUGAGUCUAUUACGGCAGAGGAAUUCGCCUCUUUGCACGAUUCGGUGUUAGAUACCAGUGCUGGUGAUGGGUCUUCAACGCCAAAAUUUGAAUCAGAUAAGUUUUCUAAUAAUGCCAUUUUGAUUUCAAAUAAGAUUAGGAAUUAUAAUGAUGCGUUUGGUGACCAAACCCAGAAGUUUCUUAGGCAGUUUAGGGAUAAUCUGAAUGAAACUCUGGUGAUGGAAGUACUGAAGCUCAUUCGAAAUCCUGAAUUAGGUGUGAAGUUUUUCAUAUGGGCAGGUAGACAAAUUGGGUAUAGUCACACUGGUCCUGUGUAUGAUGCAUUGUUAGAGUUAUUGGAGUGUGGUAGUAAUGAUAGAGUACCAGAACAUUUUCUCCGAGAAAUUAAGGGUGAUGAUAGAGAGGUGCUUGGGAAGUUGCUUAACGUGUUGAUACGGAAGUGUUGCCGAAAUGGUUUGUGGAAUGUGGCUUUGGAAGAGCUCGGGAGGCUUAAGGAUUUCGGAUACAAGCCAACUUGUGCAACUUACAAUGUUUUGGUUCAAGUGUUUUUAAAAGCUGAUAGGUUGGAUACAGCACACUUGGUUCAUGUGGAGAUGUCGGAUUUGGGGUUUAAGAUGGAUGAGUUUACACUUGGUUGCUUUGUUCAUGCCCUUUGCAAAGCUGGGAGGUGGAAGGAAGCGCUCACAUUGAUUGAGAAGGAAGAGUUUGUGCCCAAUACUUCUCUUUAUACAAAGAUGAUAUCUGGGUUGUGUGAAGCUUCACUUUUUGAGGAAGCCAUGGAUUUCUUGAACAGAAUGCGGUGUGAUUCUUGCAUUCCUAACGUUGUAACCUAUAGGAUUUUGCUUUGUGGGUGUUUAAAAAAAAGACAGCUUGGUAGGUGCAAGAGGAUUCUUAGUAUGAUGAUCACAGAAGGUUGUUAUCCAAGCCGUAAGAUAUUUAAUUCUCUUGUACAUGCUUAUUGCAGGUUAGGAGAUUACUUUUAUGCUUACAAGUUGCUUAAGAAAAUGGUAAAAUGCGGGUGCCACCCAGGCUAUGUGGUUUACAAUAUCUUGAUUGGUGGUAUAUGUGGAAACGAGGAAUUACCUAGCUCAGAUAUGUUAGAUUUGGCUGAAAAAGCUUAUGGUGAGAUGCUUGAUGCAGGGGUUGUGUUAAAUAAGGUCAAUGUGAGCAAUUUUGCACGAUGUCUUUGUGGCGCCCGAAAAUAUGAGAAAGCCUUUAAUGUUAUCCGUGAAAUGAUGAGCAAGGGUUUUUUGCCUGACACUAGCACGUACUCUAAAGUUAUUGGCUUUUUGUGUAAUGCAUCCAAGGUAGAACAAGCAUUUUUGUUGUUUGAAGAAAUGAAAAGGAAUAGUAUUAUUCCUGAUGUCUAUACCUAUACUAUUUUAAUUGAUAGUUUUUCUAAAGCUGGCCUUAUUGAACAGGCUCAUAGUUGGUUUAAUGAAAUGGUAGGAAAUGGCUGUGCUCCUAACGUGGUGACUUAUACUGCUCUUAUACAUGCAUACCUUAAAGCAAAGAAGGUGUCUGAUGCAAAUAAACUUUUUGAGAUGAUGUUGACUGAAGGUUGCAUUCCCAAUGUUGUUACUUAUACUGCUUUAAUUGACGGUCAUUGUAAAGCUGGUAGAAUUGAAAAGGCCUGCCUGAUUUAUGAAAGGAUGAGAGGUAAUGUGGAAAUCCCUGAUGUUGAUAUGUAUUUUAGAAUUGACAAUCAGAGUAUGAAAGAACCUAAUGUUUAUACUUAUGGAGCUUUGGUGGAUGGUUUAUGCAAAGCACACAAGGUCAAAGAGGCCCGUGACUUAUUGGAUGCUAUGUCGGUAGAAGGUUGUGAACCUACCCAUAUUGUGUAUGAUGCUCUUAUAGAUGGGUUUUGCAAAUAUGGGAAGCUAGAUGAAGCGCAAGAGGUGUUUACUAAGAUGUCAGAGAAAGGGUACAGUCCAAAUGUGUAUACUUACAGCUCUUUGAUUGAUAGGUUGUUUAAGGAUAAAAGACUAGAUCUCGCUUUAAAAGUCUUGUCUAAAAUGCUGGAAAACUCUUGUGCACCAAAUGUUGUUAUCUACACAGAGAUGAUUGAUGGUCUUUGUAAAGUUGGGAAGACAGAUGAAGCCUAUAAGCUUAUGCUGAUGAUGGAAGAAAAAGGGUGUUAUCCAAAUGUUGUUACUUAUACUGCAAUGAUAGAUGGAUUUGGGAAAGCAGGUAAAAUCGAAAAAUGUCUUGAGCUCUUUAAAGAAAUGAGCUCUAAAGGUUGUGCUCCAAAUUUUGUCACGUACAGGGUUUUGAUAAAUCAUUGCUGUUCAACUGGCCUUUUGGAUGAAGCUCAUAAGCUUUUGGAUGAAAUGAAACAGACAUAUUGGCCAAAGCAUAUGGUAGGCUACCAUAAAGUUAUUGAAGGUUACAACCGAGAGUUCAUGAACUCUCUUGGGAUUUUAGAUGAGAUGAGUGAGUGUGGUUCGGUGUCAAUUAUUCACAUAUACAGAGUUUUGAUUGAUAAUUUUGUAAAGGCUGGAAGAUUGGAAUUUGCUCUUGAGCUGCAUGACGAGAUUUCAUCAUCUUCACCUUUUACAUCUGUGAACAAGAAUAUUUAUACUUCAUUGAUUGAAAGUCUUUUACAUGCAAAUAAGGUUGGUAAGGCACUGGAGCUGUUUGCAGACAUGAUAAGGCAAGGUGGUAUUCCAGAGCUUAUGACACUGUUUGACCUUAUUAAAGGGCUCAUUAAAAUUAAUAAGUGGGAUGAAGCUCUUCAACUAUCGGAUAGCAUAUGCCAGAUGGAGUGA